CGCGCACUAGCCGAUUCCAAUCUCUCUCUUGUUCUUCUUCUUCAUUUCACGGUUGGUCUCAACUUCUUCCACAAUCAAUCAUGGCUUCUUGCGUCAGCGGAACAGAGGCGGCGAUAAGAGCUGCGGCAUGUAGAGACGGAGAAGCAGCGGCUCAUCUAAAGCUAAUCUCCGUCUUCGUCAUCUUCCUCACUAGCGUUUUCGGGAUCUCUGCUCCUGUUCUCCUCGCUCGUUACUUCCACGGGAAGCCUCUCUACGAUAAAGCAAUCCUCGUCAUAAAAUGUUUCGCCGCCGGCGUGAUUCUCUCCACGUCGCUCGUCCACGUCUUGCCGGAAGCGUUCGAGUCGCUCGCCGAUUGCCAGGUGUCAUCUCGGCAUCCGUGGAGAGAUUUUCCGUUCGCCGGUUUGGUGACUAUGAUCGGAGCUAUAACGGCUUUGUUGGUUGAUUUAACGGCGAGCGAACAUAUGGGACACGGUGGUGGUGGUGGUGGCGGCGGAGGAAUGGAGUAUAUACCGGUGGCUGCGGCGGUUGGGGGUUUGGAGAUGAAGGAAGGGAAGUUUGGGGCUGAUUUGGAAAUACAAGAAAAUAGUGAGGAGGAAAAAGUGAGGAUGAAACAGAGAUUAGUGUCUCAAGUUCUUGAGAUUGGGAUUAUAUUUCACUCGGUUAUAAUUGGUGUAACCAUGGGAAUGUCACAGAAUCAGUGUACCAUUAGACCUUUGGUCGCUGCUCUUUCGUUUCAUCAGAUUUUCGAAGGCUUAGGACUUGGUGGUUGCAUCGCUCAGGCCGGGUUUAAGGCAGGGACAUUGGUGUAUAUGUGCUUGAUGUUCGCGGUAACGACGCCUCUCGGGAUAAUACUAGGGAUGAUGAUUUUCGCAGCGACGGGUUACGAUGACAAUAACCCGAACGCAUUGAUAAUGGAAGGUUUAUUAGGAUCACUCUCUUCAGGGAUUCUAAUAUACAUGGCUUUAGUUGACCUAAUCGCAUUGGAUUUCUUCCACAACAAGAUGUUGACGACGACCGGUGAAUCCGGUUCCAGGCUUAAGAAACUCUGUUUUGUGGCUUUGGUUUUGGGUUCUGCCUCCAUGUCACUUCUUGCUCUGUGGGCUUAAGACACAAAAUUGGAGUUGUUAUACUGUUAUAUACCAAUUUGGCCAUAGGAAGUGUAUAACUCUGUUUUUGAACAUAUUUGACUUCUGUUUACUUUAUAUA